AUGAGUGAUAAAGUUUUUAGAUUAAAUGUUGGUUACCAACAAUAUGCUUGGGGUAAGAUUGGUUCAAAUUCUUCUGUUGCCAGAUUUGCUGCUCAUUCUGAUCCAUCUCUAAAGAUUAAUGAAAACGAACCUUAUGCUGAAUUAUGGAUGGGUACCCAUCCAAAAGUUCCAUCUUAUAAAUAUGGUACUAAAGAAACUUUAAAUCAAAUUAUUUCAAAUGAUCCAGUUAAAAUGUUAGGUAAAGAUAUUAUUAAUCAAUACCAAUCUAAGGAUGAAAUUCCAUUCUUAUUUAAAGUUUUAUCAAUUGAAAAAGUUUUAUCUAUUCAAGCUCAUCCAGAUAAAAAAUUAGCUAAAAUCUUAAGAGCUCAAGAUCCUGAAAAUUAUCCGGAUGAUAAUCAUAAACCAGAGAUGGCUAUUGCUGUUACUGACUUCGAAGGUUUCUGUGGUUUCAAACCAUUAAGAGAAAUUGCUACUACUUUAGAAAACGUUCCUGAAUUUAGAACUUUAGUUGGUGAAGAAUGUUCAAAAGAAUUUAUUCAAUUUGCUAAAGCAAAUGUCACAUUAGGCUCUGAAGAUGAUAAAUUAAAUAGAAAAUUAUUACAAAAAGUUUUCAGUAAAGUCAUGAAUGCAAGUGAUGAAACUAUUAUGUCUGCAGCUAAACCAUUAGUUGAAAGAGCUGAAAAAUCUCCAAAGGAUUUCCCAUUCGAAGACUUACCUGAAUUAAUUCUAAGAUUACAUGCCCAAUUUCCAAACGAUGUAGGUUUGUUCUGUGGUUGUUUGAUGUUGAACCAUUGUCACUUAAAAUCUGGGGAAGCUAUUUUCUUAAAGGCAAAAGAUCCUCAUGCUUAUAUCAAUGGUGAUAUUAUUGAAUGUAUGGCUGCUUCUGACAACGUUGUCAGAGCAGGUUUCACUCCAAAAUUCAAAGAUGUAAAGAAUUUAGUAGAAAUGUUAACUUAUGAUGCCGAUUCCGUCGAUGAUCAAAAAAUGAAACCAGUCGCUUACACCAAAUCUUCAGGCGAUGGUGUUUCUCUAUUAUAUAAUCCACCAAUUGAUGAAUUCUCUAUUGUCUCAACAACUUUUGAAGAUAAAGUUGGUACUAGAAAAUUUAGUGGUGUCGAUGGUCCAAGUAUUAUUAUCACCACCAAGGGUAAUGGCUAUAUCAUCGGUGAUGGUGCUAAAAUUAAAGCUGAACCAGGUUUCGUCUUCUUUGUUGCUCCUAACAUAGAGGUUGAAUUACAAGCUGAAGACACCUCUUUUGUUACUUACAGAGCAAUUGCUGAACCAAAAUAA